AUCUAACCAAAGAAGGAAAAGAAAUGGCUGUCAACUAGGCCGUUGGCCACAAAAAAGCUAGAGAAUCAUUCCUUACUUCAGCUUGUAGCACUGUUUCGUUCGGGCUAUCAGGUUUCCUUCUUCUCAUUUUUUAUGUUAACAUCAAGUUUUUCCAGUUUGCUGUGGGUUCUUUACCGCUGAGAGUCGAUGCCUUCAUUAACUUUUCCUCUCUGGGUAACUUCAAGACAGCGCCUUCUCUCUCUCUCUCUCUGGUUUUUUCUCUCUUUUUUAUGCUCUUUUGUUGCUUUAUGAUUCAUUUUUGCAUGUGAGUUUUCGGAACCCGGUAUUGGUUCCCAACUUGUUGAAUAAUACGAUUAGUUUAUUAUUUCCAAGUGUUUCUUUAAUAUUUGUCUUUUAUUUCCAUAUCUGUUGAAUAUAAAACACGGGAAUUUUUAUUUGAAUAUACCGCCUACAUCUGAUGAUUUUUUGUUUUUGGUGACUUUCUUGCUUGGAUUUCUCAUGUGGGCAGCCAGAAUCCAAGUUAGCAGCCUGGAUUUUGGACAGUAAUUGGUGGUUUCUUCUUCAUUCUUUUGGGUUCUUUUUCCUGCUUGUGCGGCGCUAAAUCUCAGUGUUAAUUCUUGAUAAUUUUUCUGCUUGUUCUCAUUGUUACUGACCAUUUUUGACCCAUCUCUGUCUGUAAGUUUGUUUAUAUAAAAUAAUGGGACAUGGUUUUACUUAUUUUUUGUCUUCAAAUGAUUCACGGUACCCGGGUUUUGUUGUGUUCCCGUUCUUGGUGACAUCUUGACAGGUGCUUAUCGUCUUCAUCAAUGGUAGCCUCGACUGAAAAUCGUCUUCAUUGAUACUUUAUUGAAUAUGAUGGUUUCCUCAAUUACUAACGCUGGCAACGCGGAAAUGACAACAAUACUUGCGUUAUUCUUUAUCUGUAUUAUGUGGGUGCCAGUAGAGGUUGUGGGUAGGAUUGGGAUUGCGAGUAAUGCUUCAUCUCCUCUGAGGCCGAAGGCUGUGAGUAUCGGAGCUCUUUUUACUUUUGACUCUGUCAUUGGGAAAGCAGCGAAGCCUGCGAUUUUAGCUGCGGUUGAUGAUGUUAAUUCUGAUCCCAACAUUCUUUCUGGGACCAAAUUGAAUCUAGUUUUACAUGAUACGAAUUGUAGUGGAUUUACUGGAACUGUUGAAGGUAUUUUCCUGAGCUGAAGACUUGAAUGUCAAACCAGUUUCUUUCGUUGAGUUUCUGAGUUUGCUUUUCAGCUUAUGGAAAAUGAAGUGGUUGCUGCAAUCGGUCCACAAUCCUCUGGGAUAGCUCAUGUCAUUUCCCAUGUCGUUAAUGAACUCCAUGUGCCACUUUUGUCAUUUGCAGCAACAGAUCCUACUCUUAAUUCCCUACAAUACCCAUACUUUCUUCGUACCACACAAAGUGACUACUACCAGAUGUAUGCCAUUGCUGAUUUGGUUGAAUACUAUGGAUGGAGGGAAGUUGUUGCCAUCUUUGUGGAUGAUGACUAUGGCAGAAAUGGGAUUUCGAUAUUAGGAGAUGCUUUGGCGACGAAGCGUGCCAAGAUUUCUUACAAGGCUCCUUUCACUCCUGGAGCCCCGAGAAGUGCUAUCGACAACUUGCUUGUUGAAGUGAACCUGAUGGAGUCACGUGUUUACGUUGUGCAUGUUAAUCCUGAUUCUGGUCUGCAAAUUUUUUCGGUCGCUAAGUCCCUUGGAAUGAUGAGUGGCGGCUAUGUCUGGAUUGCAACAGAUUGGCUUCUUUCACUUUUGGAUGCGACAGAGCCAGUGGAUGCUGACACAAUGAAUCUCUUACAAGGGGUUGUUGCUCUUCGUCAUCAUACGCCAGAAACUGAUCUCAAAAAGAACUUUUUAUCUAAAUGGAGUAAUCUAAAACAUAAAGCAACCGCUGGACCAGCUGGUUUCAAUUCGUAUGCACUUUAUGCUUAUGAUUCUGUUUGGUUAGCUGCCCGUGCGCUUGAUGUUUUUCUCAGUGAAGGUGGUAAAGUAUCUUUCUCUUCUGACCCAAGGUUGCUUAGCAUGAACAGAAGCAGCAUACAGUUUUCUUCACUCCGUGUUUUUGAUGGCGGACCACAGCUUCUCCAAGUGCUUCUUAGGAUGAACUUCACGGGUUUAACUGGCCAGGUUCAAUUUGAUUCAGAUGAAAAUUUAGUCAAUCCGGCGUUUGAUGUUCUGAACAUUGGUGGGACAGCAACACGUCGAAUUGGUUAUUGGUCAAACUAUUCUGGCCUGUCAGUUAUUGCUCCUGAAAUCUUAUACACAGUGCCUCCCAAUACCUCUACCAGUAAUCAGCAUCUUUACACUGCAAUAUGGCCUGGUGAAACCACAACAACACCUCGGGGAUGGGUGUUCCCUAACAAUGGGAAACCACUUCGAAUUGCUGUUCCCAAUCGUGUGAGUUAUAAAGAAUUUGUUGCUAAGGACAAGAGCCCACCUGGAGUGAAGGGGUAUUGUAUUGAUGUCUUUGAAGCUGCAAUAAACUUGCUUCCAUAUCCUGUUCCGCGUAUGUAUAUACUAUAUGGAGAUGGAAAGAGAAAUCCUGUUUAUAAUGAACUUAUAGACAAGGUUGCCCAAAAUGACUUCGAUGCAGCUGUUGGGGACGUGACAAUUGUUACAAACAGGACAAAAAUUGUUGAUUUUACACAGCCCUUCAGGGAAUCAGGACUUGUUGUUGUAGCUCCUGUCAAGAGGGCAAAAUCUAGUCCGUGGGCUUUCCUCAAGCCAUUUACUCUGAAAAUGUGGUUAGUAACUGGUGCAUUCUUUCUUUUUGUGGGGGCUAUAGUCUGGAUUCUAGAGCACCGGAUCAAUCAUGAAUUCCGAGGUCCUCCAAUGCAACAGCUGAUUACAAUCUUUUGGUUUAGCUUCUCGACAAUGUUUUUUUCACAUAGAGAGAACACUGUGAGCACAUUGGGGCGGCUGGUCCUGAUCAUAUGGCUUUUUGUAGUAUUAAUUAUCAAUUCAAGCUAUACAGCUAGUUUGACAUCAAUCCUCACAGUGCAGCAGCUAACAUCACAGAUUGAGGGGAUAGACAGUUUGAUCGCAAGCACUGAACCAAUUGGAAUUCAAGAGGGAUCAUUUGCAUGGAAUUAUCUUGUUAAUGAACUCAACAUAGCAGAGUCGAGGCUGGUUAAAUUGAAAAAUCAAGCAGAAUAUUUUGAUUUACUUAAGCGUGGACCAAAAGGUGGUGGUGUUGCUGCCAUUGUUGAUGAGCUUCCUUAUAUUGAGCUCUUCUUAUCCAACACAAAUUGUGCUUUCAGAACAGUGGGACAAGAAUUUACAAAAAGCGGAUGGGGAUUUGCGUUCCAGAGAGAGUCUCCUCUUGCUGUUGAUAUGUCAACAGCCAUUCUCCAACUUUCAGAGAAUGGUGAUCUCCAAAAGAUCCACAACAAAUGGUUAACGCAUAAUGAGUGCUCUAUGCAAAUCACUGAAACCGACGAUAACCAACUUUCGCUCAAGAGCUUCUGGGGGCUAUUUGUUAUUUGUGGUGCAUCAUGUAUCAUUGCUCUUGCAAUAUUCUCCGGUAGGAUAUUCUGUCAGUUUCGGAGAUUCAGCCCAGAGAACGAGGAAAGUGACAAUGUUGAGGAAAUAGAACCUGCCAGACCAAGACGCAGUGCCCGCACAAGUAGUUUCAAGAACUUGAUAGAUUUUGUUGAUAAGAAAGAAGCAGAAAUUAAGGAGAUGAUCAAACGAAGGAGUAGUGAUAAGAAACAAAGUGCUGCACCGAGCUCAGAUGGGCAGGUAAAUUCGACUCCUUAAGGAAUCUUCGAUCUUUUUUUCCAUCAUUCUGUUAUGGAGGUUUCGAGAUGCAUUUUCCAGAUUCUGGAAGUAUACGAUCAGUAGAAAUUAAUUGUACCAUAACAUUUCAUUUGUUAAAGAAAAUACAAAAAGAAAAAUCACAGUGUAGUAGUCAACCAUUUUGUAUUCACGUGAAGAUAUGGAUGUUGACUGUUUGAUUUUUCGUGAAAACAACAUAGCUUUUCAAUGAAGUAGAUAUAGUCUGACUGUUUAGAG